CGGAUUUUUUUAUUUAUUUUUUUUAAAGUUACAAAACAGUUGAACCAAACUGCUCGCAGCCUCCCGGCAUGGCAGACCAGAAGCGCCUUGCCUACUCCAUCAUCCAGUUUCUCCAUGACCAGCUGCAGAAUGGGGGGCUGUCUCCGGAUGCUCAGGAGAGUUUGGAAGUGGCCAUCCAGUGCCUGGAGACAGCAUUUGGGGUCUCGAUGGAAGACCAAGGCCUGGCUGUGUCCCAGACUCUUCCGGAAAUAUUUGAAGCUGCUGCAGGAAAGGAGCCUGAACACUUCAGAACUAAUUCAGAGCCCGUCACCCCCUCAGAAGAUGACAUAGCCGAAGCUGAACGGCUCAAAACCGAAGGAAAUGAACAAAUGAAGGCAGAAAACUUUGAAGCUGCUGUGUGUUUCUAUGGAAAAGCAAUCGAGUUAAAUCCAUCCAACGCUGUGUAUUUCUGCAACAGAGCUGCUGCGUACAGUAAACUAGGAAAUUACGCUGGAGCAGUGAGAGACUGUGAAAGAGCUAUAGGCAUUGACCCAAACUACAGCAAAGCUUACGGCAGGAUGGGCUUGGCCCUCUCCAGCUUAAAUAAACACACAGAAGCUGUAGUUUACUACAAAAAAGCCCUAGAGCUGGAUCCAGACAAUGACACGUAUAAGUCAAACCUUAAAAUAGCUGAACAGAAAAUGAAGGAGACUCCUAGUCCAACCGGAGGCCCGGGAGGAUUUGAUUUAGCUGGCUUGCUCAACAACCCCGGCUUCAUGAGCAUGGCAUCUAACCUAAUGAACAACCCACAAGUACAGCAGCUCAUGUCUGGGAUGAUUUCUGGUGGCCACAAUGCCAUGGGAGCAACAGGCGCCAGCCCCUCCACGAACGACCUUGCGAGCCUCAUACAAGCGGGCCAGCAGUUCGCUCAGCAGAUGCAGCAGCAGAACCCCGAACUAAUAGAGCAGCUACGGAGCCAGAUUUUUUUUCUGACUAGAAAUGGAACCUUAAUUUACCAGGGCCAGCAGUUCGCUCAGCAGAUGCAGCAGCAGAACCCCGAACUAAUAGAGCAGCUACGGAGCCAGAUUAGGAGUCGAACUCCAAGUGCCAGCAAUGAGGAUCAGCAGGAUACUCCAG